CAGUGCCUACUAGUACUUUCAGCGCCGGCGUCUGAGCAUGACGCGCUUGCGUAUUAUUUACCAUAUAAGAUAACAAAAGGUCACAUGCGUGCUACGUGCAUUUUACCUAUAAGUUGUACGAUAAAAUGUUCAACGUAGAAAAUAGUGCAGCUGUGUUUCAAUAUUUAAGUGUGCGAAAUUAACAAAUAAAAAGUACAAAAUGUGGUUUGUAAUUGUUUUGGGUUUAUUAACUUCAGUGAACUGUGAAAAAAUUAAUACAGCUUGCUGCCUACCGGAGCAAGGUUUAUUUGUGGAUGGGCAGAAUACUUGUGAAAAUGCUGUUACCAAAAUUCGAACACCGACACGAUUAACAUGUAACAGUACGGACCAAAUAUCUAUGACCAUUUUCAAUUUUACAAUAAAAGAUGAUGGGACUCUCAGUAUAUUAGAUGAACUAUUUGACACCGAUGUAGAAUAUGAAAAGUAUUGUGUAGCAGGGAGCAUAGUAAAUCAGACGGAAGGUUUGCUGGUGUUUUGUUCUGAAGACGAAGAGAAGCUUAUAGAAGGCAAUGUACUCGAAUAUUGUAUGAUUGUUUCCGUCGUAUUUCUUACGCUCACAGCGUUUAUUUACUGUAUAUUGCCAGAAGUAAGAGAUCUUCAAGGAAAAAGCAUCAUCAAUUUCUGUCUGAGCUUGGCUACGGGUCUUGGAAUUUUAGCUUUAAUGAAAUUAAUGGAAUAUUCUGAUAUGAAUUUAUGCGCAGUACGAGGAUUUUUGACAUACUUCUUUUUAUUAGCGAGUUUCUUUUGGAUGAACGCUAUCGCGUUGCAAAUGAUGUUUUAUAUAAAGCGACCAUUCAUGCACGAUUAUGGUUGGAGGCCUUUCAUCUGGUAUGCACUUUACGCCUGGGGGUGUCCCACACUCCUUACUGUAUGUAUGGCAAUCGUUAACUUCCACCCUGGGAAGCACCAGAAACCUGGCAUUGGUUUGAACACAUGUUGGUUUUUCAAUACGCGCCAGCAGUGGUAUUACAUGUAUAGUGUUAUGUCGAUUAUAAUAAUAUUGAAUAUCUUCAUAUUUAUUUACAUAUCGAUGUACAUGUGGAGGCAAAAAUUUUCAUCGACGCAUGUAAAGGCAAUGCGCUAUAAGUUUACGAUGUCUGUAAGGUUAUUCGUUUUAUUGGGAUUGCCUUGGAUAUCGGAAAUGAUCAGCACAUUAUCCACAGCAAGUAUUGUUUGGGUUGUAUUGGAUAUAUUUAACACACUGCAAGGGCCAGUAAUUUUUCUGGUUCUUGUCGUAUUCCGUCAACGAGUCGUUAAGGCACUAUACAAGCGAGGCUAUUUGGAUUGCAUCUCUGGAGUGGUCGAGAGAUACUUGGCAGUUGCAGACGACGACGAAGACAUCGUUCAGCACACAGCCGACGUCGCUAUGGACGACCGAAAAUUGGAAUUGUGAUGAAACGAAAAUAUCUAUAUGAAGAAAAAAGUGGCCUAGGUGUUUGGAUUUAUAUACGCUGAUAAGACUCUCUAAGAUGUAGUUAAAGUCUCUGAAUAUAUUCUGACUAGAUUCAGCGUCAUACUGUUACUAUACAGGGUGUCCCAUUAUAAGUAUAUACCUAUACACUAUUAUUAUCUAAACGGCCAGGGCCUUGUAGUCUUGCAUACACUGAUCACGUAAAAAAUAUACUUAAAGAACAAAAUUACAUCAAAUAUUUUUUGCUAAAUCUUUCCUGAAAAUCCUUGUUUUCUUUUAUAGCUU